AUGCCUCGUGUCACUGAAAUGCCGGCGUCAACCCCCUCGUUUCCACAUCCGACCCGUACCUUCUCCUCGGAGUGCUCUUCUUGCAGCUCUAGUGUCGGGACCCUCGAUAUAUAUGAUUUGUCUUCCGCAUAUGUCAGAGCAAAAUAUACCAUACCUGAUGACGCAGCCUCCAUGCCCAGCUGGCAAACAUGCCAUCUUCUCUGCUCAAAGAUCAUGUCCCGACUGCUCGCUGCCGAGCUGGUUCGGAAAGUCGAUGCCUAUUACUACGGCAAAACGAAUGAUUUACGCACCGGAAUGGUCUUAUUAUUGACAGCUCAUCGUCGGCGAGAGGGCUGGGUCCAGGCCGAUGUAUCCUUGGCCGAUGGUACCCUGAUCAGCAGUGCCUUCGCUUUGUGCGUCCCGAAACCCACCCAGGAAAGUCGAGUCCGGUCCCUGGCAUCUCCGAUUGCUUUCAAAGACCCUCAGAUUCAACCAACUACAAACGACUUCAGAUUUCCGUUUGCCAAGCCAAUUCGAAAACCAAGCCCGCCUUCGGAUGACUUUUGA